ACACACACACACACACACACACACACACACACACACACACACACACACACACACACACACACACACACACACACACACACACACACACACACACACACAGUGCUAACAGGCAGAGGCAGUGAGCCAGCAGAGAGCCUGUCGACCAGCAGCCAUGACAGACAUUGACUCUCUGAGCGGGGCUCUACAGGCUCUCAGUGUGAGUACAGAGCUGAUUGAGGAGGAGCUGAAGCCUCAUCUGGACACAUUGCUAACUGCUCUUUUGGAAAAGAAGAAGGAUGCUGCUGUGGAGAUAGCCAGCAGUGGGGUCCUGCCCUCCCUGGCCCAGACCUUACGGAGCAGAAGCCCCCUGAGCUGCCAGGUGGCGCUGCUGGUGGCAGAGAUGGCCAGAGAAGCUGCAGUCAGGGAGCCGUGCAUCGAGGCCGACCUGGUGAAGGUGCUGCUGCCCCACCUCAGCAGCAACGACCAGGAGAUGCUGCUGAACACCGGCAGGGCCAUCGGACGCAUCUGCUUCGACAACGCCUUCCAGCAGGACCAGCUGGUGCAGAGUGGGGUCAUCCCCAGGCUGGUGUCCAUCAUCAGGCAGUAUCCGGAGAACGACCCCCUGGUCAACGUCUGCCUGCUGGCCCUCUGUAACCUGGCAGACAUGGACUCAGCGAGGGAGGCCCUGGCAGAGCAAGGUGUGGCAGAUGUGCUGACCUUACAGUUGAAACGGGCGCCUGAUGGUGAACGCCGACACGUCAUCCUGGAAAUACUGGGCGCUCUGGGCGAGAGUGAUACACUGAAGCUGCAGUUUGCAGAGUCAGGAGUACCAGAGGCUUUAUCAGAGAUGAUUCGGAGUCUGCAGGGAGGUUCGGACCCCCACGACCUCUGCAGCAUCAAGAUCGCCUCCAACCUCAUCGUGUCUCUGCUGUUAGGAGAUGAGUCCAUGCAGAAGUGUUUUGGUGAGGGCUCUGGGGUGGUGUAUCAGGAUGUUCUGUCCUGGCUGCAGAGCUCCAACACACAGCUGCAGCUGUCGGGGGCCCUGGCCAUUGCCAACUUUGCCAGAAACGAUAGUAACUGUGUGAAGAUGCUGGACCUCGGGGUGGUUCCUCACAUCCUGACCUUGUUGGAGCAACACGUGGACGAAGGAGACGUCUCUGUUCAACACGCCGGACUGAGCGCGCUCAGAAACCUGGCCAUUCCUGCCACGAACAAAGUGCGGAUGCUGGAGGACGGUGUGACGGAGAGGAUAAAGAGUCUGCUGCGCUCCGACAUGCCGCCGGUGCAGUUCAAACUGCUGGGGACACUGCGCAUGAUGGUGGACGGACACGAGGAGGCAGCUCUGGUGCUGGGGAGGGACGCUGUGCUGCUGGCUCGGGUCAUGGAGUGGUGUGAAGCCAAAGACCAUGCAGGGGUCCGGGGGGAGUCCAGUCGCCUCCUGGCGGCCCUCAUCAGACACAGCCGCAGCGCAGAAGUGGUCCAUGCUGUUGCCAAAGCAGAUGGGGUUCGGCACCUUAUCUCCAUGGCAACAAGUGAACAUGUCAUCAUGCAGAAUGAGGCCCUGGUUUCCCUGGCAAUAGCAUCUGCCAUUGACAUUGAGUGUAUGAAGGAAGUGUUCAGGGACUCGGAGCUGCUCACCAUGCUUAAGGAGAUGUUGGAGGAUCCUGUCGGGGCGAUCGAAGUCAAGUUCAGUGCUUUAGGUCUGAUCUGCAGCCUGGCUAACUCCAGUGUGAUGAAGGAGGAUCUGCACUCUGUGAAUAUGAAGGAAAGCCUCAGUAAAUUGACAGAGCACAGCAGCAGUAAACUCGCCUCGCAGGCCAGCUCCAUCCUGGCCUCUCUGGGUGACAGCAGCUAAAGCAGCACACGAUCUGUCCGGCUUAUUCAAAUGUAUUCAAAUGAUCUUACUGCUACCUAUUGAGAUGGCUUGACAAAAUGUAUCCUGUUGUAUGGCAAUAAUUACUUAUUUCAGACAAGCAAGACUUAAAACUAAAGGGGUGCAUCAACCAGGAGCAUGAAUGUGUGUCAAUCUCGCAAAUAGAUUAUCAGAAACAUGUGCAAAGUUGACACCUUGGACUGAGGGUGGAGUUGGGGGAAGGUUGUCAGUGUCCACAUGUGACCUGUCCAUUGUUUUGACAUUUCUUGUAGGCCUAGAAAGGACAGGGUGUCUGCAAAGUCAGAUAGAAAUGACUUCCCAUGAGACAAUGAAACUAAAAGGGAAGUUCAAGAAGGAAACCAAAACCUGGUCUUCACAUUAUUCUGUCUGUAAUCUGACCUGUAGUUGUUGUGGUUUCCUGCUCUGGACCAAAGUGGUUGGUGGAUAGAUGAACUGAGCUCAUCUUCUUUAGGAUUCACUUGUAUAUUAUUUAGGACAAAGUAUGUAGUCGUGAUGCAAGCCCAUGUUGAUAUAUACUGUAUACAGAAAUGUCAUACUAUCAAACGUUUAAGGUUGACUUUAAUUAAAUGUAAUAUGUCAGCAGAUUUCACAUAGCUGUAGUAGGUGAGUUGAAAGCAAUAAUAAUAUUAAGUUGAACCGAAUAUUUUUUAUGUAACUUCGAACUAACGUAAUACAGUUAUGUGAAAUCAGUCACAUUUCAGUUUUUUCCGUGUAAAUACUGGCCAAAUAUAUUGCAUGAAGAGCCCCACACAUUUCUGAAAUGGACCACAAUGUAUUGGUGUGUGGAAGUGUACCCAAAUCACAAAUAGAGACAACCAAAAGGUGACAAGAAAAUGAUUUUCAUAGGCUCAAUCAGUGGGCAGGGUUUGACAUGAAACCUAUGAACGUUUAAAAUAAUCUGUGCAGCAAUAUUGUUUGGAAUGAAUAAGAAUUUGAAUGACUUCAGAUACAAAUAAAAUGAGUGGCUAAUAUUGUUGAUAUCAGAUAUCAACUGCAAGAAAUUGACUGAGCUAUUUUUUACAGGCUUAAACUUGGUCGAGAUGACCACACACUUUGUAAUUCACCACUGUCCUUCAGAAUAACAGAGUAAUUAUUAAUGUAGCCAUACUAACAAACAACACAUCUGCAGGUGCUCGAGUAAUAAACACUGACUUUUUGUAAUGGGGAAACAUCAUGACUUGAGUUUUACAAACACUUGGGUAAGCUUACAGAGCUGCUGUUGUCAUCUGGUUAAAGUAAACAAGUAGUUAUGAAUCGUUGGUCAUGGUUAAACAGAUUUUGUUGCUGUUUGUGUUUCAAAUGUACUAGAAGAAUCUGUCUGUAUGUAUAUACAGGAUUAUUGAGAAGAGGGCAGAUGCACACCACACACAAUAACAGAGACAGGAGUUUUUCAGGGAUAAUGGGAAUAGAUUUUGGUAUGCUGUGUGAGUGGAGGGGGGUGGGGGAGUGGGUGGGUUGGGCUAAGAAACUGCAGCACAUUAGAAUAAAAAUCCUCAUUAGAACUAUGACACAUGACAGAACUGAAAGGUGCAUGGACAUCUUUGUUGCAACUGUGCAACUUCCAUCAGUUGAAGGGUGGUCUAACCCAAAAGCAUAACUUAUUACACUGCCUGACAGUGUUGUAGUACUCGAGUCCGACUCGUGAGCUCAAUUUAGAGACUCGUGACUUGACUUGGACUUGAGCACUAAUGACUUGAACUCGGACUUGGACUCGUGCAUUCGGACUCGCGAUGACUCGAAAGGACUCGACUUUGUCAUUAAAACCCUGAGGUCGACGAACACGCCGGCGCGUUUUCGCCACUCUUUUCAUAUGUUUCUAUUAAUAUUUAUGCCAUAAUACGGCUAGAAAUGUUGCCGGAAUCGGUACUCUCUUCUUUCCGAUGCAUUCUCUCGCGAGAUCCUACGUGAUCAGCCGGAGCUAGGGGGCCAAUAAUAGAGCUUGAUGCAUACAUCUUUGUGAAUGAUGUGUGUGUCAAGCUCUCUUAUUCGCCCUUUCAAUGCAUAUGAAAGUUCAUAGCACCCGCCAUUAGGACACGCCUAUGAGCUGCGGGAACACGGUUAUGUUUUCUGGAAGUUUAACAACACAUGGUUUCCCACACAUAGACUUUACGUGGGCGGGUCACCCAGGUAUAUUAACGGCAGCCCAAGUGUAUUUCGCGACCCAUUUAAAAAAAAAACGCUUCCUGUACCUGUUCACUGUGCUAUCGUGUGUGUCCCCCGGACUUGAUCAAUAGGGACUCGACUUGGACUUGACUUUGAAAUUUCUUUAAUGACUUGGACUUGAAGCUGAACUUGGACUCGAGGCAUAGUGACUUGACUACAACCCUGCUGCAUGAUCACAUGGCUGCAGUGUGACAGCAAAAUCCACGGCUAACAAACACUCUAAACAAAGCUUCCUGUUGAUGAUAUAUCGCAAACAUAACUUUUUCAUUCCUUUCGGAUCCUAGAAGCACAAUGUGAAGGAGUCACAUGCACAACAUAUCUGAGCUGCAGCCAUUAUCAUAGAACAUAACAGUGCUACAGUGCAAUAAGCAAUGCAGUGUUCGGUAGCCAGAGGAAAUGAUGAGUGUGUGUUCUAUUCAAUCACGCAGCGCACAAGAGUUUUACCGUAAUGUUUUAUGUUAUAUCUGUAUCAAGAGUCUGUAUAAAUAACUGUUCCAAAUUUGUGAAAAAAAUCGGUAUAUUUAGUAAGUAAUGGAAUAUUUGCCAUUUUUUAAGCUUUGUUCUAGAAACAGCAGAAUAAAGAUAUGCAAUGUCU